UUUCUCCCCUCCUUCCAACCGCCAUUGGACAUGGAAGAAGUUGUCCUUACAGACAGUGAAGUUCAACCAACCUCCUCCUCCUCUUUCACCAUUAUUGCCUCCACCGCCUCCUCUUCUUCCUUUUCCUCUUCCUCUUCCUCCUCCACAGAAGAAGCCACUAAUACCACCCACAAGAAAACUCAUCAAGGCGAAGAAUUAGGUAGUGAUGGAAACAACAACGAGAAGAAAAAGAAGAAGAAGAAGAGAGGCAUUGAUGGGAAGCACCCAACAUAUAGAGGAGUACGUAUGCGUCAUUGGGGCAAAUGGGUAUCCGAAAUCAGAGAGCCAAGGAAGAAAUCAAGAAUUUGGCUUGGCACUUUUCCCACCCCUGAGAUGGCGGCUCGAGCGCAUGACGUGGCGGCUCUCACUAUCAAAGGUAGCUCGGCUUACCUCAAUUUCCCCGAACUAGCAGCCGAGCUCCCACGCCCAACCACUACAUCCCCUAAGGACAUCCAAGCCGCUGCCGCUAAAGCCGCUGCCAUAAACUACCACCAUCGAAGCCAUGAAGCCGAAUCCGAGCUGAUCCAAGCCGUUUCCUUCUCGAGUCACACCCAAGGAUCAUCCAGUUCAUCGUUGAAGGGUGAGGAUGACACAUUCUUUGACCUUCCUGAUCUUUCACUCGAGUUGAAUCAUAGUGCUGAUGAGUUUCAUUACUCUUCGGCUUGGCUUAUAGCCGGAGCCGAACAUAUAGACUCAUGUUUCCGGCUUGAAGAGCCUUUUCUUUGGGAGUCAUAUUAAGUUACCUUACUUAGUGUACAGUCUAUGAUUGUGCUCUCUCUCUGUUUCUUUUUCUCUUUUUCUUUAUGUUCCUUUCACUUUU